CCCCGCGCCCGCGCCCCGCCGUUGGGCCGCGCCGCGCCGGCAUGUCGGGCCCCGGGCCGCGGGAGCCGCCGCCUGAGGCGGGCGCGGCGGGCGGCGAGGCGGGCCCCGAGGGCGCGGGCGGCGGGGACGCGGCGCUGGGCGAGUCGGGGCUGAGCUUCACGACCACGGACCUGAGCCUGGUGGAGAUGACGGAGGUGGAGUACACGCAGCUGCAGCACAUCCUCUACUCGCACAUGGAGGCGGCCGACGGCGAGCUCGAGGCGCGCCUCGGCUCGGCGCUGCUGGCCGGCCCGGGCGCGGGCGCGGGCGCGGCGGGCGCGCUGGCCCCGGCGCCGCCCGUGUACCCGGUGCUCUGCCCGCCGCUGGCGGCCGACGCGCCCUGCCUGGGCCACGUCGACUUCCAGGAGCUGCGCAUGAUGCUGCUGGGCGAGGCGGGCGCGGCCGAGAAGACGCCGGGCGGUGCGGACGGGGCGCGGGCGCGGGCCGACGGCGCGGCCAAGGAGGGCGCGGGCGCCGCGGGGCCCGAGGGCGCGCCCGAGGCCCGGGCCAAGCCUGCGGUGCGCGUCCGCCUGGAGGACCGCUUCAACAGCAUCCCGGCCGAGCCGCCGCCGGCGCCGCGCGGCCCCGAGCCCCCCGAGCCCGGCGUGGCGCUCAACAAUUUGGUAACUCUUAUUCGACAUCCUUCUGAAUUAAUGAAUGUUCCUCUUCAUCAGCAACAAAACAAAUGUACGACCUUAGUGAAAAAUAAAACCGCUGCAGCGACCACUGCUUUGCAGUUCACCUAUCCACUGUUCACAAGUGCCUGCUCCACUGGUGGAAAUCCCAGCCUUUCACAGACACAGAGUUCUAGCAACUCGUGUUCUAUAUUGGAAGCUGCCAAGCACCAGGACAUUGGACUGCCCCGAGCAUUUUCCUUCUGUUAUCAACAGGAAAUUGAGUCCACAAAACAGACUUUAGGUAGCAGAAAUAAAGCUUUGCCGGAGCAGGUUUGGAUUAAAGUGGGAGGACGUUUUAUGCAAAAGUACAUGCUGACAUUUGUAAGGAGUAAAGAUGAGCUUUGGAACGGUCCUGUGCUGACACCUGGGUUAAGGAAGGAGAUGCCACCAAAGCUUUGGAAUGUCCUCCUUAAAAUGUUCCACCCUCAGGAAAUGUGUGACAGAUCCCUCUCUUGGCUUUGUGUAGCGCAUGGGACUGCAGAAGAAGCGCUUUGUAAACAAGCCAUAAAUAAGAGGAAUCGGAGUAGAAUUCGUCAGUUGGACACCAGUGUAGAGCGACGAGCCCUUGGAGAGAUUCAGAAUGUGGGUGAAGGCUCCACUGCUGCACAGGGUGCCUGGCAGUCCUCAGAGUCCUCGCAGCCAACCCUGGGGGAGCAGACCCAGAGCGGGCCCCAGGGAGGAAGGUCUCAGCGUCGAGAGAGGCAUAACCGAAUGGAGCGCGACAGGAGGCGCAGAAUCCGCAUUUGCUGUGAUGAGCUGAAUCUUUUAGUUCCCUUCUGCAACGCGGAGACGGAUAAGGCAACAACCCUUCAGUGGACCACGGCAUUCCUGAAGUACAUUCAGGAAAGACAUGGGGACUCUCUUAAAAAGGAAUUUGAGAGUGUGUUUUGCGGUAAAACUGGCAGAAGGCUAAAGCUGACCAGACCGGACUCCUUGGUGGCCUGUCCUGCACAGGGCAGUCUGCAGAGCAGCCCUGCGAUGGAGAUCAAGUGACCGGACUGAACAGGGACCCUGGGAGUAAACAGCCGUUCCUGCGACCCACGCACCAGUUCCACCACCUGGAGCUCCACCCUGAUGGCCUGACGCAGAGGGACCUGGCUCGCGAUGGGACUCCAGUAGGGACUUUGGGAGCACAUUGUGUAAAAGUAUUUAUCUAGAACAGAGUACUUCUCCAUUAAUGUCCUCUUAGACCUUUUGGGGAUGAAGACAUCUUGAUAAUGAGUAAGUCAUUUUUCAAUUAUCUGUCUGAUUCCAUCAUGUUUUUUUAACAUGAUAACUUGAAAAAUUAACAUCCUUUCUAAUUUCCUUAGUCUUAAAAGGUACAUUUCUUUUUACUUAUUUUAUUUACAUUUUAAAUAUGCCCCCUUAGCAAUUGGAAGAAGGUAAAUUGUUCUUAACUACUAGUUUGGAAAUUUUAUUUCAUUUGUUAUAUCAUUCCCCCUUGUAAUUAUUUCCAACCUCAUGUACUCUGUAUUGCAAAAUACAGUACUAUUUUAAAACUUUUGCCAAAAAUUUUCCAGAGACUUUCUUUAAAGCUACUUUUUUUCCAUAAAAAGUAAAACAUUUUCUUGGUAGAUUGCUUAAACGCCCACAUUUCCAUAUUGCCAGUCAUUACUUUGCUUGUAAUAAAGUGCAUGUUUGGAGCGGA